GUUCAGUCGAACGCAACGAAUGAACCAAUUGAUGACGAUUUUGAAAACAGUUUAACCCCAAACAACAUUGAAACAUUUACAAUAGUCUAUGGAUUUGCUGUAUCUUAAGUACUUUUGAAAGUGACAUAGUUUUUCCCCAGAUAUAAAUAAUCCGCAAUAAUAAGUAUAUAUUUGCAUUGGCCGAAAUGACCACGCUACAAGCAAACGAUCGCUCAGGAGAAUCUUCACAGAUCGUACCGAAUGUCAAAUUAAGUGAGGCCCGAACUGCUGUUUUACUGGACAAGCAUGUUCUACCAAAUAACAGAAGUGAAUUGACUAUGUGGGUUCUCGAACAUAUUUUCCAGCCUGUUACAACAAUGCAGCAAUAUAAUGGAUAUCAAUUAUUACAUCUAUCAGCAAGUUCUAAACCUUGUUGGGAAAGAAAGAAGAAAGAGGCUACACAGCCAUCGCAACCAAGUACUGCAACGAAUGAUACGCCAGCCGACCCUACUGAUUCUGUCAAUGCACCGUUCAGGAUAACCACAAUUUCUUCGCCUGAUAAAGACAACAAAUCAGUUGAAAAGAUGUACUUGAUUACACCUCGUACACGAAUUCUAACGAUUAAAAAAGAACACUGCAUGGUUUUUAUGAUUGAUCUCAGCUCAAGUCUAGCUACAAUUGAAACAAGUACUGGAAAGGUUAUGCUUGGAAAUGCUUUCAGCGUAUUGGAGAAUGUUAUACAAGGCUUGGUGCAGCCGUAUACAAUCAACCUGUCAGAUAACGCCGCCCCUUUUACAGUGGAGACAAACAUUCGUAUAACAGUAAUUGCAGAAUGCUCACAAUUUGGAUCAAACAUCAAUGUGAUACCCAUAUUAGCAGAAUAUCCAACAUUGAGGGUUCUGAUGCAAAAUAUCUCCGUUUCUAACGAUAAUGUUGCUGAUGUUUUGAAAAGUUUACGAGACUCUAUCGACAACUUCAAGAGAGACUUGAGCAAAUUUAGGAAGCAAUUGAAAAGUAAACGAGCCAAAAUGGGUUACGAGCUCGAUGUUCGCGAAGAUCAUACUCAGUCAGUUACGGAGGGCGUUGAACCUGCUUUUACACGUAGUUCGUCGCGACAAGAGCUCGAUAAUAGCGCCAUCUCGACCAUCUUGAAAGAAGAGGAACAAGGCUCUGUUUUACGAAACUCACCAUCGACAUUUUCAAUCAGUCCGCAACCAGCCCAAUCACAAUCACAAUCACAAUCACAAUCACAAGUACAACAGCGACAUAGACGAAGUCGAUCUAUAACCUCUAAACAGCCUUUUAAAAAGCUGGAAGCCACUUCAAGCUCGAGUAGUCCGAGGAAAUCUUUAACGAAUAGCCCUGCCAGUCAACAUCGCCAUCAUAAAUGUUCACCUUCGUUGAAUAACAAUAAUAACAACACUUCUCAUAAUGCAUCCUAUUCAAACCAUUCUAAACAUCCUGCCAUCAAAGACAAAAAAGAUACCUGGGGUGUUGGUAAAACUGGCAGUACAUUGUCGUAUAUUCUGCGCGCAGGACUACUUGCAUUAAGUGUUCUAUCCAAAAACGAGCAAUCAUCCAUCUUCUUAUUAACUGAUGGUGUAGUCAAGUCGAAUGUUCAAGACGAGACAGUGAUUCGACAAUUGACAGCUGAAAAUAUAUGGUGCAAUGUCAUACAGCUGGGGCAAGAGAAUGCAUUCUUUCCUGGUUUGAAUUUCGGUUUCGUACCAGAUAACGAGAUAUUAGAAUUUUUGGCCAGCUCAACAUUAGGCCAUUUCACAUAUGCUGAACAUUGCCCCACCGUCAAACUAACGACAACAGCAAGUGACGAAAAUACGGGAGGGGAAACCAGCACCAACAGUAACCGCCGACUCUCACCGAACGUAUACCAUCAAAGAUAUCUAUUAAAAGAAGUCAAUUUUGACUACAUCAACCAUUUCAGAUUGCAUAGAAAAAACAGGGAAAAUGGAAGUUCCGGGCAAACACAUUCAAGCGAAAAGGAACUCAAUGUUAUGAAUAGUACAAUGGCACUUGAGUCAACGACAUUUGAUUCUGUUCCGCAUUACGGCCGACGAGCUUUUCCCUGGGAUCCACUUGCAAAACCAGUCCUCGAAGAAUUAGGAAGGCUUAAAUUUAAAGAGUACUUUUUACCGACAGAAUGCUGGCAUUUCAUGCGCGCACGUUUACGACAAGGAUUUAUCCUUCAAUCUGUAUCUUUUAUUGAUGAAACAAAAGCCUCUCAUAGCAAUAAUAAACCAGCAGCAACCAACAGUAGUUUACAUAGGACUCAGCAAUUGUUAACAGCUGAAGGAAUGCCUACCCCACAGAAAAAGCAAUAUGUGAUUAUGAUUUUUAUUUUACGCUGGCAGCCUAGUAUAACAGUACAAUAUUCUAUUAAAGCUUUAUGGACAUCGUCUUUACGAUAUCAUCUUAAAUCCUUAUCAGCAAGUCUUGAAAAUUCUUACAGCUUGCCUAUGGAAACUCCACCACCUUUCAAUAAUGAAAAGUUUCUUGAUUGUAUCAAAAGCCCGAAAGUUGAGAUUGUAAUAAAGUCAACCUCAACUUUCGCACAUAUGCUGCAUAAUUGGGACUCAUUCCAACGUCGUACUCAAAUGAUGGCUGUUCAGGGCGGAAAUGCCACGGUAGACCUAGCUAGUGCUCCUGGAUUCAUAAAAGUUGGCAAAAUGAAAAGAUUUUUGGAAAGAUUGGCUGAAACAGAUAGUAUGCUAAAGCAACUCGUACAAUUUAGUAUUACCGAGAAAGGCAACGCAUCAUUAUUACAACAACAGCAUCCAGAAAAGGACGAUCUGAAUGCUAGUGUAGGCAUAGAACUGCAACAGUAUUCAUCCUACGUUCAGAAAUUCAGCUCUCAUUGGGCAAAAUUGGAAAGAUCUGAUUUACGACCCUUCAAUUCUUCUUGGUAUGAUGAAAGUGGAUUCAAUGCUGUACUUGCUGAAUCAAGUACACCUGCUGUGGCUCUUACAUCUGACAGUCCUGUGGACUACCAUAAUAAUGAGCUAUCACCAUCACUAUUGUCGGUCACAGAUAUCAAUCGCGACGCUGUCAAGGCAGCAUUCUCGCAGAUUCAAAGUAAUUUGAAAAAGUGGUCAACUUUUAUGAGCGAAGAUCAGCAAGUAUUUAUAAAAGUGGCAAAUAUUAAACAGCUCUCUGCGUUGCGUAAGGAUGGCUCAAAUAAUAGCAAUGAAGUUGUCAAUGAUAAACAUACGUACAAUGUACAAUUAACGAAUGGUUCUGCAAAAAGGUAUACAGUGCCUCAAUUUUGCGAAAUACGUUUGAUCAGAGAAACGGAACGGCUUCUCUACGUCAAGCUGAUGUUUUUCAACACGAAUACUUUACAACGGAAUGAGAUUGAAAGUGAAGUAAAGAAUCUAUUGCUCUCCAGUGGCACAUCGAGUCACUCGCAAGAAAUACAUAUGCAGAGCCAGGAAAUUUCACCUGCCGCCAACGCAAGCCCUAUUUACAAAAAUAACUAUUCCAUGAAUGCAGGGAUCAUGGUACACAUAACGAAGCGGCCUCUAUCAACGUUGCUCAUGCGGGAUGCAUCUCACCAUACCGCAUUUACAAUAGCUGAUAUGGAUGCAGCUAAGAAUUCUUCCCAAAGCUUGAGAUCGUUAUGGAUUAGCAAUCCUGCUAUGUUUCUUACGGGAGAGUUUAUUGUCAAGAACUACUUGCAGCAUUGUACUUGGUAUUGGGAUGUGCAAGAUAUACAACAAGAUCAAUAUGGAUUUGCUCAGGCUUUUACACCUAUUAUGGAUUUAGCAUUAGAUCAUAUUGUGGUUGCCCGACUGAGAGAGCGGUGGACUCUACUCUCCAUUACAAGGUCAACUGCGCAUUUCUACAUAGAAACUGAUAGCGGUGAAAGUGAGAUGCAGUCUACCUAUUCUGCACAAUAUUUUAUAUGGAAAGACCCACAGAAGAAAAGGCUUACAACCGAACUUUGGAUUGAGCCAAUGUCGGAUAAAAAAACAUACAAAAUGCACGAAAGUGUGAAGAAGGAGACAUUUACAACUGAUAAACGAAUCAUAUCACAAUUGAUUACUUUUGACACCAUUUACAGUUUUGGGCAUAACUACUCUGCUUCGAUAGACGACACACUUGCUGUUCGAAUGGACGAUGAGGACGAGAGCCGAAUCUCAACAGUAUGGAUGCAUAGAUCGCUAUUAUUCGAUUUAUCCUCCAUUUUCCGAAUUGGUUCUUUCUCGUUUGCCCUCUAUGCUCUCCCAAAUUAUGACCGACACUUUCAUCCUGAAGCAACGGGGCCUAUUAUUGAUGAUCACCCACUUCAUAAUGAUCAAUAUAAGAUGCUGGCAGGCGAGGUGAUUCGUCAACGGAAUGAGCUUGUUUUUGGUACGACGGACCUACAUCAUCACUCACGCCAAACCUUAUGCUCUGAUCUUCAUGAUUUAUCGACCUUAUGUAAAUCCCCAGCUAUUUAUCAAACAGAUGCAAAUUUGACAUGCGUUUGUCUUCGACCUGACAGUCUAUUCGCUUCAGAAAAGAACAAUAUUUCCAAAUUGACGCCAACGUUGAGAGAUAUAGCUUUGUUACAUUAUUAUGUCGAGCAAUCAUUGUCUAACAUUACUGAUCGAACAAUGCCUUUGACGAAAGUCUCAAUGGAUGAUUUCUGGCCAUCUCUCAUAAAGGAACUAUUUCAAAACGCGUCUAUCAAUGGCAAUGAGAGUACUACUAGUAUAACACAGAAUUUUCGUGAUUAUCAUUGUUUUAUCAGGACAUUUGAUCCCUCCAUUUGCAUGGUGGUACUUUUUCCUCAAUUGAAAACAUUGGUGAAGGGUCUUGGCAAACUAGAUAAUAUCAAUGUUGUCGAUAAACCUCUUUUUAGCAAGAUGGGUUUGAUGAUGUUCGAAUGCCGAAGACAAAACUCUGUAAACAGAGUACCCGAACCUUUCAAGCUUGAUCAGAUCAAAGUUCUCCCUGUUAAUUCUCUACUACUGAAUGAGUCACUUGAAGGAAUAAGUACAGACUUGCGGCCUACCGUGUCAACUGGACUAUUUCAUGACAUUUCAAGCGAAGAAAAGAUAUCAGAUCAAUCCUCACAUUUGCUCAAGGACAUAACAAAUAUAUACUCUCGAUGCUACGUCAAGUCUAUAUUUUCCUGCUUACUUCACGGUCGAGCCGUGGAUUCAGACGACUUCCAACGAGUUUUAGAAAUCUGUAACGAAACGAAUAUAGCUAUAGAUUUGACAGGCUAUUUAAAUGUUCAAACAAUGCUACGAAAACAAUCCAGUUUAAUUGAAGAAGAUAUAAACGAAGUAUACCAACGUUUUACUGGUGUGCUUGGGCACUACUUUGAGCCUGUCAUUAUAUCAGGCGGUAAAUGGUCAAAUAUAUAUUGCUAUCGACCGCCAUUCGCUAAAAUUGGGCAGAAGCUAGGUUUAUCUCUUUCAUUGGGCGAGAAACCUACAAACCUAGCAGAUGUAGUCAUGUGCGCGCAAAGUCCCUUAUUUGUACGUCUUAAUUGUACACUACGAAAGCCUGACUCUUCCGAAAAAGGAUAUACAGAAGUACAGUUUCCUUUACAUCAACUACCUAUGUCAUUUGAAGGAACAUUAGAAGACGGUACCAGCUUCAAUCUAGAACCCGAAUCUAUUGGUACCGAACGUUCACCUGUUGAGUCAACUGAUAAUACUACAGCAACAUUACACCUCGUUUGUAUUACUCUACCUCCCUGUGACUAUGAUGUUGUGAACUCAGAGUUUGUUCAUGAAUCUGUCUGUCCUGUAGAUUCAUCAGUUCCGCCACAAGACUCCUUAUUGCAUACUAGCAAGGACGAGCGAACCAAGCUACAAGGACUAAGCAAAGAUAAAUUGGAUGCACUUUUGGAAACUGUAGCACGACUGAAUUGGCUCUUCACGGAAGAAAUUAUGCAUGGUCUCCUUCGUAUAGAGCCCGUAACAGAAAAUAUGAUCCAUUACGUUGAAGCCCAAUUACAGAAGAAGAAUCCUUUUGUGGACUUCCCAACAACAACCUUUAUUCCUUUGGCCUUUGUUAAAAGCCAAAAAGAAAGUCGACAAAUCUUUUUGGACGAGUUGGAACUGUAUAAUAAUCAGGCUUAUCAGUUGACACGUGUGGGAGAUUGCUUUUAUGCAAGCGAUAGUAAUCCUGAAAUUAUAAAUGGCAGAAAAGACACUGAUGCUGUUUUUACAGAUGUAACCAAGAAUAUACCAUUCUUUGAUGGCGAAGGGUUGAAUAUAACUACAGAUCCGGCCUUAGAUGAAGAAUGUAUGAUUGAGGAUACCGCAGUAACGGAGAGUAAAGAUGAAAAAAACGAUGAAUUUUGUCAUGGAUUAGGAAUCUCUAUAGAAGAAGCUGUAGAAGACACUCAGGCAGUUACAAACUCUCCGGAUCAGCUAGCUGUCCGUCCACGCUACUAUUGGUUACUGAUUAUUCCUCAAGCUCAAACGGUCCAAAUAUACUUCUAUUCAAAAAAACAGCAAUUUGUAAACAGAACGGAAAUAAUCAGAGUUACCAGGUCAAUGAUCAACGAUGUAUUAGAACGCACAAAUAAGAUAUCAUUAUUGCGAAAUCUGAACGAAACCCGAAAAUGCAGUAAAUAUCUAUUAGCCACCGCUGAGGAAGAUAGUUCAAUUUUUUCAUCUUCUGAGGAAUCAACAGACGAGGACGAAUUUCUUAACGGGGGUGCCAGUAAUAACCUGGUAGAAAUUUUGUCAACAUCUGGGGACGACAGUGCCUUCUCACCCCCGAAAAAGUUUUCUUCAGGUCAAUUUGCCUGUAAUGUUGUUUUUACAAAAAGGUUCCCUUUGCACUGGAGGCUAGCACCUAACACGGCAUAUAAUAAGCUAAUGUCGGAUGUGUUACAGCCUUUUUUGGUCAAAAAUGUCCCUGGGAUGCUUGUUUGCUCCCAUGAUAGUUCUGUUUUAUACUGUUUUUUGUCGGAAAUUAGUCCACCGGCAAACAAUACCAAUCUUUCUGACAGUAUGAACCUAUCACUGUCUAUGGCUAGUAUAGGCGAAGAUAAGUUCAAUACAGCACAACCUGAAUCUCCGUAUGGAGCUUCCACUAAUCUUAAUUACAACAAUGAUGAGACGCUUUCCAACUCGCAUACGAGAAUCCGACAUACUGCUCCUGCACAUGGCAAGCCGUCUCCACAAGGAAGCAUUAACAGUGAACGCCACAGUCCGCGACAAAGCCCGAGUGCUACAGCAGACAAUACAGCAGCAUCUAUAUCAUCACCUAUCAGUAACAGAAAAUCUAGUCAGCGAAACCAAGAAGGGCGCGAACUUAUUUUAGAAGUGCAUGGGGUUAAGAUGAACCAUUACAUCAUUGAUGGGCUGGUGGAUAUGAUUGAAUCGCGAAUAACUUCUGAUAUCACUUUGAAAGAGGUUCAGCAGUUUUUGGUUCGUAAUCCUAAUUCAAAGUUGUCCCGUGCAGAUGUUGAUUUCAUACUUCCUGUUGAUAAGACACCGUUGAUUCAGCGACAACUUGCACUGCCUAUGAAAUUUAAGAAUACUGCACAGUUUUUGAAGAUCUUCAAAAGAAAUAUACUAGCGAUUUCGUCCUUACAUACGUUACAUUCUAACUAUCUGAAAGAUGCUAUCAGACGUCAUCACGAUCGACGAUAUAACAAGCACAACAUAAAUGAGAUUGACAGAGUUUUAGAAGAGUUUGGUGGAGAAGGAGGGAUAACAGAAGACUGGUCAUUUAUGGAUCUAUGCUUUUACUAUAACUUUAUCAAUCGGGCACCAGGAACUUCUUUACCUUUUGAACAAAAGAUAGGAGAAGGCAUAGCUGGUAUUUGUGUUUCAGUUGUAGACAAGGAUGGAAUUGCCUACAGCCAAGUUUCAUCAACCUUACAAAAUAACUGGCGGGACUACGAUAUGGAAUCAUUGCACGAUUGCUUAAUGACAGACUUUACAAAUACUGACGAUAGUUAUAAUGGAAGAAUAGCGAUCGACAUUUGGUCUCACUGUAAAAUAGACGUAGGACAAAUAUAUGCAUAUAUCCUUAGAUCGUUUAGACAAACGAUAUGUGAUUACAUUCUGGAAACUUCCAUCAUGAGUAUAACCAACGAUGAAACUAGUGAUGACGAUGAGUUCGCAAGCAUAGCGAAUAUACUCAUAUAUACAUUAAAAACAGCAGCAGAAUGGGAAAGCUCUACUGUCAAGCAUAUAUUACAGCCCAUACAUUUAGCACCGUGGUAUUUGGAAGGCAUCACGCUGCAGCUUAAAACUGAACUUGUCGAUAUCCAUGCUUCAUUAGAGCCCCUUAUAGCUAGGGCGAAACUUCCAUCCGACUUAGAAUUGUAUUGCACUGAUGACUUGCGAACGAACUUUUACGAGGUUUAUUCUUUUGGUGAGAAAAGUACAAAAUCAGUUGCAAAUAGAAAGAAUUUACAGUCGAAGUACUGCCAUAGACGAGCCACACAAAACUACCCGAACACACGUACAGCUCUUCUCUCACAAUACGUGAAAAACAAGAAAAAAUUAAUGAACGUGCCUACUUUCGAUAGUGUAAAUUACCAGUUUCUACUUUUAAGCGGUCUCCCCGAACUAUUGAACAGAUACAAUUUGCUCUCUUCAGCAACCGUCCGAAACGCCAGCAUUGAUGCAAAUAUUAAUCCCAAUGAUAAAUUGAAUAUCUUUCAAGGAAUACAACAGAACGAAUCAAAUACAAUGCAAAACAUCACUACGACUUCGGUUGAGACGGCCAAGAAAGACGACAGUGGUAGCCUGCAUAGCAGACAAGAGUCUUUGGCAUCUAGUAUUUCUCGGGCUUUACCUUCUCAUAUUUCAAAACAGAAACCUGUAAGCUUGAGAGAACCGCUUCACCAACAUAGUUUUGUUAUUUUCCUGAUUGAUUCUCAUCAGUUACGGACAUUUACAUAUAAUUGUUCGAGUCAGUUUAUUGACUUUGUUCAACAAGCUAUGUACAAAAAUGUUAUGCAUCAAGAAAGUAGGCAUAUGGCCCUGAACAAUAUCUUGAAUCAAAAAUUGGGCCUGUUUUACCAUUCAAAAAAAUUAUCGGAUGUUAUCACUCGAUAUCAAAACGAAGUGCGAGGCCCAAUGCCUUCAACUAUACCUAAUUUUACACCUGCAACGCCUUUACUACACAACAGUUAUAGUCAAGUUCAAUUACUCAACACUAACAGUACGAAAAUUCCUGUGUCUCCUGUCAUUGCUAAUACAUUUGAUCGGCUUGUCCAAUUGGACUCUUCAUCGUCAGUUCCGUCUUUUGAUAGUCUUUCAAACGAUAAAAGGAACAGAAACGACAAUAUAUUUGGUUUUGAUAAUCUGCAGCAAUUGAUAACAGACAGUUUCCAAUAUAGACAUGAAGCCCAAAGCAAGCAGCAUAAAUCUGUUUUGGAUAUUCGCGACAACGCCAAAUUAUGUCGAAGCAAUGAUUCUGAUAAGGUUUUUGCAGCCGUUAAAGGAGCUGAUGCGAACACGUUAUUACACGAUGUCUUUGCUGAUUCAGUUGAAGAGAAUACAAAUUGGUAUGAUGCUGAUUAUCUGAUACGACACGGUGAACCCUACCUUAAAAUGUAUUUGGCACGAUCUAAACCAUUGGCUGCGCAUGAAAAAGCAUUCAAAGUCUAUAUGAAAUGGGCACACAAGUACUAUGGUCCGUCAAGCCAGCCAUCAGUUAAUAAUAACGAGAUGAUGACAGUUAGUGAAUUAAGACAAAUUCUCAAGGCUUCCCGUUUACUUCAUUUUUGCCGUACACCACUCAUUUUUUCUAGCCUCAAUUCAGUUAUGAGCCUGACAAUAACAGAACCUGCAUUCACAGCUCAGUACGAAACAGAAGCAGUAGCAGGUUUAUAUACAGGGAAAAAACCAACCAUACCUAAAAGUGAAGAAAUGACUCAAUGGUAUGAAUCACUGGCAGAUACCUUUUUGAGAGAAUACGCUUAUUAUUUAGAAAGUAUUGGUAUGCACUUGAUUGUCUAUGGUCCUUCCAAUCAAGAUCAAGAUGAGAUAGAUGCAUACCUGUCCAAUUUUACUAUCACAGAAGAAUACUCGGUAAAGUCGCCUGUUGUCUACUUACUGCAAGUUUUCGAAGGAGGAUCAAUCAUGUGCGAGAUAAGGCUUACUGGUGCUUUUGUUUCCGUCACUUUAUAUACACUUCAUCGUCGGUAUGGGAGACUACAGUAUUCACCCUUCUCUUAUCCUCAAAAACGAGAAGAGAUUGGCAGAGAGAACUUCCAACUGUUUAUGAGCGAGAGUGACAGAUUCAAACAUAGAAUUCACGUCAACUCGUUCGUUUAUGACUUUCACUUACGAUAUAUGCAGCGCAGUUUAGAUGAUAUUGAUCGACUGCCGCCUAAUUUAAAUCUGCUAGGUAUUCUAAAGAGUACUGUAGCCGUUUACAAUCGUCCUGCUAUUUAUGCCCGAAACCGAAUCAUGACUGGUCACUAUGCCUUUAGCGCGGAUGAAGCACUUGGUGAUAUUGUAUCAUGGAUAAUGAAAUCAGGGAGUGUUUUAGGCUUGAAAACUCUCAAAUUCGAUGGUGUCCCAGUGUCAUGUUUCAUUUCUUCUGACAAUUUAAAUUUUGAAGCUGAUCAUAACGAUAAUAAUAAAGACAAGAAAGGUCAGAAGCAAGCGGAAACCUCAAACUUUCGAUUUACAUUAAUUCUUUGUCCUAAGGAUGGCAACAACAAGUCUAGCAGUCAAUCGGGCGAUAUAGUUGAUACUUAUCAACAAGGAAGUUUUGAUACGAAAGGUACUGUUAUGUCUCAUGAGUACAUGGCCAAUAUAGAAAGUAGAAAGAAUGAAGCUAGUACUGUUAGCACUAGCAAUGCGAAAUUUUUCUUAACGUACUUCAUUCUGGUCACCUAUCGUGGAAUGGAACGAGACGAUUCCUGUCGAAAAGCUUGGGCAAAGGUAUUGAAAGAAAGACCAAUUACUAGAUCCAACCGUUCUUCUACCGAUGAAAUUCCAACACCUAAUGCUACUGCAGUGAAAGAAGCAGCCAGAUAUAAAAUUGAAGAUAUUAUUGCUAAUGCUAUGUAUUAUUAUCACCGUGAAGUGGAUUGGAACAAACUAUGUGAAGUAAUGCGGCCUCAACAAUUAAAAGAAUCAGCACAGAGUAUCAUGCGCGUGGCUUCCAGGUUUGAUCCCAUUAAUCUUGGUGAAGUGGAUGUUUCUUUCAAGAAAUUUUUAGACUUGAAAGGGGUGAAUUGGGAUGAUACAUUAGACAACCUCAAGCUCUUUUAUAUGAUGACAAGUGGUGAGGUAUCCGUAGGAAAUACCAGACAUGUUUUCCUCUUUAAUAGCGAAGUAUCAAACCCUACAUUUUUCCAUUUUACUUAUACCCCAAAUGGACCUUGCACAGUAACAUUCAAUUGCAAGGAAAGCAGAUCAAAAACGACUGGCUUCACUGAAGACGAACAGCAUACUAUCGGUAAUCUUGCUUCCUGUUUAUCCUAUUACAUUUGGAGAUGCUUAAAGUAGAUAGAAAGUUUGUCUAUAUAUUCGAGCCUCUGCUAUUUAAGCUUACAAUCCUUAGAAUGAAUUAAUGCAAGUUAUUGAUAGUGGAUUAAAAGUGUACACCUCUGUUUUUCUUUGUUUUGAAUAAAAGGCUGAAAUAUCCUUGUAAUAUAUUAUAACAUGCCUACGGCGCUAACAUUAUAUUAACUUUCAAUAUCUUUAUUUUUCAG